GUCUCCUCUGUACAUAUAUCCCCUGUAUUAGUUCUCUACUCAUUCCUCUUGCCUGUCUCCUCUGUACGUAUCUCCCCUGUACUCCUCCUCUACUCUUUCCUCCCUUUUCUGUCUCCUCUGUAUAUUCCAGACACCACACAUGUAGCACGAGGCAUUUUCGUUCACUUAGUGCAUAGGGUGUUAUAGACCAAGCUGUCCCUCUUGCCUUAUUUCUCAUGUCACAGAAACAUCUAUUCAUACACAUUCCUAAUGGAGCAGCAAACUAAACGUGGAACAGUGCAGCCAGGGCACAGAUAAACAGCCGCCCUAUAGUUUAGUCUCAUAAGCCCCACUAUCUCUCACUAUCUGCCAGUGGCACAUGCUGUGGGGUAGGGGCAAGCACCAUGGAACAUAUAGAUAAGAGCCCGUUAUUGGUGUCUGCUUAGCUGACAAAAUGCACAGGGGUUAAGUGAGAGGAUUAUUUCAAAUUUGGACCAAUGGAGAGUAAGAUUCCCAUGAAUAUGACAGAAAAGGUGGAAGAGAAGAGUGCGGAAGGUGGAAAUCCAUGUUCUCAAGGGUUAGGAGGCCUCUUCAAAGCUGUACAUUGCAUUUCUGGAGAGAUGACGGAGUUUGGGAACUGGAUGAAAGAUAAACCUCUUCCAUGCCAGGUCAUUGACUGGGUCUUACGUGGGACAUCCCAAGUCAUGUUUGUGAAUAAUCCUUUGAGUGGACUCGUAAUCAUCGGUGGGCUUUUCCUACAGAAUCCAUGGUGGGCCAUCGCUGGCUGCCUAGGAACCGUCGUAUCUACCCUCACGGCCCUUAUUCUCAGUCAGGACAGAUCAGCCAUUGCUGCCGGACUCCAUGGAUAUAAUGGCAUCUUGGUGGGCUUGCUCAUGGCUGUCUUCUCUGCUAAAGGAGAUUGGUACUGGUGGCUUCUUCUUCCAGUAUCAGUCAUGUCAAUGACCUGCCCAGUCUUGUCAAGCGCCUUGGCUUCAGUUUUCAGCAAAUGGGACUUGCCUGUUUUUACCCUGCCCUUUAAUAUUGCCGUGUGCCUGCAUUUGGCUGCUACAGGACCCUACAACGUCUUCUUUCCUACUGUGAUGUUUCAGCCCAUUGCAUCUGUCCCAAACAUAACUUGGUCUGAAAUUGAUGUACCCUUGCUCUUAAAGUCUAUUCCAGUUGGCGUUGGGCAGGUUUAUGGAUGUGACAACGCAUGGACCGGGGGAAUGUUCUUGGUGGCUUUGUUUUUGUCUUCCCCCAUUAUUUGUCUGCAUGGAGCAAUCGGAUCGGCUGUGGGGAUGUUGGCAGGACUAAGUCUGUCAGCGCCAUUUGAGAACAUUAACUUUGGACUGUGGGGGUACAACUCAGUUCUGGCUUGCAUUGCAAUCGGGGGCAUGUUCUAUGCACUGACUUGGCAGAGCCACUUACUGGCUGUCUCCUGUGCCUUGUUCUGUGCCUACCUUGGGGCGGCCAUUGCCAAUAUGAUGAGCGCGGUCUGUUUGCCUUCAUGCACUUGGCCAUUUUGCUUGUCAGCCCUCACUUUCUUGUUAAUAACCACAAAUAAUGGAGCUAUUUACAAACUGCCCUUGUCUAAAGUCACAUACCCCGAGGCAAACAGGAUCUAUUAUCUCAACAUGCAAAAGGAGAAGAAAGAAAUUCGAGACACCAAGGUUUAGAAUGAAGAACCUUCCACUCUUGAACUUGGCUCAUCUUCUACGAAGUCCUUUGAUUGGUGACUCCAAACCAUCAACCUACUAGGAGAAGUCCCAAGAGACAUGGCAGUUGCUUUGCACUAUGGACAAUCGCUGAUGGAAUUUGCUCCAAAGACUAUAAUCAGUGCACACAGGAACAGCCAAAAAACUCAUCCAUGAGAUAAGGCAUGAUAAUGGGGGUACCUUCUGUGAAGGACCUCUAUGAAUGACAUGAAAUCGAUAAGGAAAUAGAAAAUAUGUAUCCAUGGUUUAAACAUUCUGUAACACAUGAAAUCUCUGCUUGGAAUGAAACCAGAACUAGUAGGAUUUUGGAUUAUUUUGGUUCAAGCCCCCCCUUUAAUACAUUUACAUAUUAAAGAAACCAUUGCUGUCUAUAGAAAAGGUCUACACUCUAGGGAUGGGAAGUCUCACAAGACAGUGGAAUUUAGCUGAAUUUUAAUGCAAAUAAUAUGGGCUUUCAUUGUGGAAAAAAAAAUACUUUAGGCUGAAGGUUAGACAUUAAAGAAGUAUUAUUUUUUAAGCUCAUUGAAAAGGUUAAAGUAGAAAAAAUUUAGAAUUUAAGUUUUUUUUCAAACAAUAUAGAUAUAUUUGUUACACUCUCUUCAUUAGUAUGAAAUACUCACGGUAUAGAAAUUGUAGGUUAAUGUAGAAUUUAUCACUGUUAUAUCACUAGGCAUAAGUAAGAAAAUGCUGGAGUCCGAUCUGGUGAAUGACUAAAUUUGAAAUGUCUAGAACUGACACAAUAUCAAAUAAAUUCUAUUCUGUUUAAGGAAA